UGUCUCUGUGUGUGUCUCUUUGUGUGUCUCUGUGUAUGUCUCUGUGUGUGUGUCUCUGUGUGUCUCUGUGUGUGUCUCUUUGUGUGUCUCUGUGUGUGUGUCUCUGUGUGUCUCUGUGUGUCUCUGUGUGUGUCUCUUUGUGUGUCUCUGUGUGUGUCUCUGUGUGUGUGUCUCUGUGUGUCUCUGUGUGUCUCUGUGUGUGUCUCUUUGUGUGUCUCUGUGUGUGUCUCUGUGUGUCUCUGUGUGUGUCUCUGUGUGUGUCUCUUUGUGUGUCUCUGUGUGUGUCUCUGUGUGUGUGUCUCUGUGUGUGUCUCUUUGUGUGUCUCUGUGUGUGUCUCUGUGUGUGUCUCUGUGUGUGUCUCUGUGUGUGUGUCUCUGUGUGUCUCUGUGUGUGUGUCUCUGUGUGUCUCUGUGUGUGUGUCUCUGUGUGUCUCUGUGUGUGUCUCUGUGUGUGUGUCUCUGUGUGUGUCUCUGUGUCUCCGUGUGUGUCUCUUUGUGUGUCUCUGUGUGUGUCUCUGUGUGUCUCUGUGUGUGUCUCUGUGUGUGUCUUUGUGUGUCUCUGUGUGUGUCUCUGUGUGUGUCUCUGUGUGUGUCUCUGUGUGUGUCUCUGUGUCUCUUCACACACAUGGAGCCUGGACCUCCUGCAGGAGCCUCGAACCAGAGGAAGUGAUUGAAGUUAAAAUUAUAAAUAUGAACCAAAGUCCAUUCAUGAAAUUAAAGCUCUUUAUUUUCCAUCGUCUCUAGUUGAGUUUUUGUCUUUUAACUUUAGUUUUUCUUUCUUCCAUCUUGUUCCAGUUCCGUGCGGCUGCUGAUUUUUAUUUGUAUUUCACUUCUCAUUUGUUGGAUCAGUAAAGUUCAUCUGAUCAUAGUUUGAAAAAUUGUGAAAUUCUGAACCAGGUUUGUUAAAAGUCUCGUUAAGAGUUUCCCCGGCGCUCAUCUGGAGGAAACUCGCUCGCCCUAUCAAGACGCAGCAGGUUUCCUGUGAGAGAGAGAGAGGGUGAGGCCGACUCGUUCAGUGAAGAAGAAACUUUACACAAGAAGCAUCAGGACGAGUUGGACUGAAAAUCUUCCUCCGUGUGGGAAGAUGGCGUUUUGGUUCAGCUCUUGUUGGAUUUACAUUUGGAUCCUCGUUCAGUCCACAGAACUCUCGGCUGACUCGGCUUCAGCGCCUCUUUACACCAUCCACCGCGCCCAGGUCAGCUUUGAGCAGGCCAGGCAGGCCUGCUCCCCCGGGGGCCUCACCUCCCUCGCCACCCAGCAGGAGGUCACCAGCGUCCUCGGGCUCAUCUCCGAGUUGCUGUUGCCUCAGAGUGAAUUCACCUUUUGGGUCGGACUGAAGAAAGCCAAGAACCAGUGUGUUGUCCCCGGCUCGCGGCUGAGAGGCUUCAGUUGGACCGAGGACGAGGGGGCGGACUCGCCGGUGAUUCCCUGGGCGAAGGAGCCUCAGGACACGUGCACCACGGUUCGCUGUGUGGUGCUACAGGGGAAACACGAUGGGCUGGCUGUGACCAGCUGGGGUCUGAGUCCGGUCACCUGCAGGGAAAGUUCAGUUCAUCCGUUCAUCUGCAAACUGAGAGACGGACAGACGAGGCUGAUGCCUGAGGACGGAACGUCCACCAUUAAACCUUCAUCACCGGAACCAGUAACACAUGAAGUUAAACCAACAGAGCAGGAACCACCUGAAACUGAAUCCAAGCCUCCCAUGCGAGAACCAGGAACUGAUUUGAAUUUUGAAACCGAACCUGACCCUGGACCUGACUCUGGAUCAGUGGUGGUAUCGAACUUGUGUCCGCGUCCAGUGAUCCCCAGAGCACGCUCUCUCCGUCUGGACAACAACAACACCAGGAUCCGGGUGGAGUGCUGGUCCGGAGACAACCUGGAUCUGUACUGCUGGGGUCCUCCUGACGUGUGGCGUCUUUUGGACGACUCCCCCGCCAACCUCACCGUCCUCUGCCAGCCGUGCAGGGCCGGCUUCCAGAAAGACGCCUCUGGAAACUGUGUGGAUCUGGACGAGUGCCCCGGCGCCCCCUGCAGGCACACCUGUUUGAACACCGAGGGCUCGUACAUGUGCGUCUGCCUCGACCAGGACGGGAGACAUCACGACGAGGGCUCACCGGCCUGCACGCACACGGCGACUCUCGAUGACAGGGGCUCCGUCUGGGGCAUCCUGGUCCCGGUGCUGGCUGCUGUGGCGGUGCUGGUGGUGCUGGUGGUGCUCGUUGUAGUGACAGUGAAAUGCUGCCUGAAGAGAAACGCAAGGAAACGGGCUCUGAAGGAGUCCGAGAAGAUGGUGAUGAAGAACGAAGACAACCAGGCCUGAUCAGACCAGGUUCAGACCAGGUUCAGACCUGGUUCAGACCUGGUUCAGACCUGAUUCAGAUCUGGUUCAGCCCUGGUUCAGCCCUGGUUCAGACCUGGUUCAGACCUGGUUCAGCCCUGGUUCAGCCCUGGUUCAGACCUGGUUCAGACCUGGUUCAGCCCUGGUUCAGACCUGUUUCAGACCUGGUUCAGACCUGAUUAGGACCUGGUUCAGCCCUGGUUCAGACCUGUUUCAGACCUGUUUCAGACCUGGUUCAGACCUGGUUCAGACCUGUUUCAGACCUAAUUCAGACCUGGUUCAGACCUGGUUCAGACCUGGUUCAGACCUGAUUCAGACCUGGUUCAGACCUGGUUCAGACCUGAUUCAGACCUGGUUCAGACCUGGUUCAGACCUGGUUCAGCCCUGGUUCAGACCUGAUUCAGACCUGAUUCAGACCUGUUUCAGACCUGGUUUAGACCUGGUUUAGACCUGGUUCAGAGCUGGUUCAGACCUGGUUCAGACCUGGUUCAGAGCUGGUUCAGAGCUGGUUCAGACCUGGUUCAGACCUGGUUCAGUAACUGUUCGUUUAGGAGAUAAUAUCUUUCCUGGUUUUAUCUGAGUUUUAAAUUUAAUGGAACCCAUUGGAAAACCAUAGUUUAUAUAUAUUUUAUACAUUUAUAUACAAUCAAUGAGAACUCACUCAACUCUCUUCAAACCUACUUAACUUUCAAAGUUUAUUAAACUGACAUUCAGAUUUAAUUAAAGCUUGCAAAUAGUAUAUUUAAGAAUACUUGAUACAUCCCAAAACUUCUGACUUUUUAAAGUUUUAAAUGAUACAGACUUUUAGUAAAUAUUUUAAUGUAUGUUAAAAUGAGACGUUGAACUUUGUACUUUGAUAAAUAAAGAUUUUUGUGGUUUAAA